AUGAGCCUUCAAGAACUUGUCACUUCUCUUGCUCAAAGUCAAACCCAAUUUCAACAAGAAACCAAGAAUACUUUCUCCAACAUUCAAGCACAAAUUGGAGACUUGGCAACCGCUCUCAACAAGAUAGAACAAAAGGGUAAACUUCCAUCACAAACCGAGAAGAACCCAAAUGUGAGUGCCAUCACCCUACGAAAUGGGAAAACACUUGGAGAAAGUCAACCUAAAAGAGUUUCAAGAGAAGACGAAGAUGAAGUGACCAUUGAGAAACCUCCAAAAGUUGUAGUUCCUCCAAAGGAACCGGUUGUGCCAAAUGUUGAUAAACCCGAUCCUUCCAACAAAUCCAUCAAACCAUUGGUCAUACCACCACCUUUUCCAUCCCGUUUAGCUUCCUCAAAGAAACAAGAAGAAGAGAAAGAGUUUCUUGAGACUUUCCGCAAGGUUCAACUCAACAUUUCACUAUUGGAUGCCAUUAAGCAAAUCCCACGUUACGCCAAAUUUCUUAAGUAUUUGUGCACCAACAAGAGAAAAUUCAAGACAAAUGAGAAGAUUCAAGUCAAUGAAAAUGUAUCCGCGGUCAUCCAAAAGAAGCUUCCACCCAAAUGCAAAGACCCGGGAAUGUUUGCUAUACCUUGUACCAUUGGUGAUUUACAUGUUGAAAGUGCCAUGCUAGAUCUUGUAGCCUCAAUCAAUGUCAUGCCAUACUCGGUUUUUCAAUCUCUCAAUGUUGGACCUUUGGAAGAAACCGGAGUCAUCAUUCAAUUAGCGGACAAGUCAAGUGUAUUUCCAAGAGGCAUGUUGGAGGAUGUACUCGUUCAAGUUAAUCAACUAGUAUUUCCCGCAGAUUUCUAUGUCAUUGACCUUGAAGAAAAGACUCCUUCCAAGUCAUCUAUGAUUCUCCUUGGAAGACCCUUCAUGAAUACCGCUCACACGAUUAUUGAUGUCCACAAUGGGAAGAUCACCAUGGAGUUUGAUGGAGAGACCAUUCGCUUCAACAUCUUCGAAGCAAUGAGAUAUCCUAGCAAUAUAUCUCCAUUGUAUCGAGUUGAUGUGAUUGAGCCAAUCACCCAACAAUUAUUCGAGUUAUCAAAUGGGGAUCUUUUGAAGAUGGUGCUUAACAUGAGUCUUGACGGUGAAAGUUUGAAGAAUACCUUGGAUAUGUAUACACUGGAUUCCAAAGUCGAAAAUAUUGUGAAGGCUUUAGAAAUUACUAAUUCCACAAAGAGGGAUGUUUCUCAAGUUGCCUUAUCUCAUUCUACAAUCAAGAUGCCACCUUCCAUAAUCCAACCACCCACACUUGAAUUGAAAGUUUUACCUAGUCAUUUGAAAUAUGCUUAUCUAGGUCAAGAUGGGACUCUACCGAUGAUUAUCUCUUCUCAAUUGAAAGACUUUGAAGAAAACCAAUUGAUUGAAGUCUUGAAAGAGCAUAAAGAAGCCAUGGGGUGGACCAUAGCGGACAUCAAGGGGAUAAGUCCUAAUGUAUGCACUCACAAGAUACUCAUGGAAGAUGAUUGCAAGCCUAGAAAGGAAGCCCAAUGA